AUGCCGGGACAUGCUCUGCCGUGGGCUGUGGCGAUCCCUGGCAACAAAAGGUGUGGGAACCUCGGCCAACGGGUGGCCUCUAGUGCGAUCGCGAUCCGGCCUGCGAUCCACGGCCAUGGCCUAGGGGAACCAAACCCAGCAAGCCUUGUAUCGCCCGGGUUGCGCUUCGGGCGACUCCCGCUGUACUUUGGCCUCGACUUGCCCGGUACCUGCCCGCGGGGUCCCAGCAACAAAGCGGCCACAUCAAACGGGGGCUCCACGGGGGGGCCACUCUGCGAACUAAAGCCCGCUGCCAAGCUGCCGUUUGCAGCGACAGAGUUCGCUAAUAAUCUUGGACCCACAUUCCCGCCACCUGUGGGAGCUCUGGAGCUCUCCCUCCUCCCUCCCAUCGCCAUCGCCAUCGCCAUCAUCCAUCGCCGUCGCUUCCAGAUGCUUCUCCUCUCCACUGCAAUGUUACCAGACCAGAACGCCUUCAAUCCAGUUCCGUUCCCGCUUCCCGUUAGGCCCGUCCAGCAGCUCCAGCUUCCACCACGGCCUAGGCCUUGGGCUGCGAUUCCCGCUGGACACAGAAACAGAACAAAGCCGGAUGUCGCGACAAACCACGGCCUGGAGACGCAGGGCCCGUCCGUCAGGCAACAAUCCGGCUGCAUUGCCAGGUUGCACCCUGUGCUGCACGCUUCUGCCGCUGCAUAUCCACGCACUCUGACACGCACGCUCUUCAUGCCUGUGCCUUGGUUUGAGAUGCGUCGUGGCCGUCGCCAUUGGCUGCCGCCGGCCACGUCCACGUACCACAAAAGCUUGGUCCGACUCUGCCCUACUUCCGCACAAGGCAUGGCUCCCCUGGCUAUCCGGACGGAGGCUUUGCUUUUGCUCUGCUCUGCUCUGCUCUGCUCUGCUCUGCUCUGCUCUGCUCUGCUCUGCUCUGCUCUGCUCUGCUCUGCUCUGCUCUGCUCUGCUCUGCUCUGCUUCGAUUCGGCAACACGACGGACAGCGGCAGAGACAAAGGCAGAGAGACAAAGCAGGCCCCAGCCGAAACGAAAGAAACUUCUGCUCCAUACUUUCUGGCUGCGUUUAGAAUGUGGCCCCCCCGGGCUCUUAGCUUUUCCCGCCCAAAUGCUAUUUCUCUCCCCCUCCAGUCACUUGCUUGCUCGCUCGCUCUUACGAGUAUAUCCCCGGAGCCUUUGA